AUGCUCUCUAGGAAACCUCUUGUUGCACUCGGUGCACUGGCGUCAUUCUCCAGUGCCCAGUUCCAGAUCUUUGACACAUACACGCCGGAUCAGCUUAUGGAAAUACAUGAUAUUACAUCACAAUGUACCAAGGCUCUUAAUGCGACGAUCGACUGCGAUGAGAACAACAUGUCCAGAGCAGCCGAGGGAGUUGACAGAGAUUAUUGGUUCAUGGACAACAUAACAGCACUCUGCACACCAAGCUGCUCGAAUUCAUUAAACUCUUGGCUUUCCUCAGUCCAAUCAAGCUGUGCUUCAGAGACUCUCAACUUCUUGGGCAGUGUAAUGCAGGCCAAGACAUUGCCCGUUGUAUUUCAGAAUGGCUAUGACAUUGCUUGUUUGCAGGACAGAUAUGAUCCAAUGUACUGUUGGAACGACGACUCUUCGGACAAUCCCCCAGAAUGCAGCAAUGCGACGUUUGACACCACUCAGGUGACUGCAGACAUGAUGGCUGUGACAAAUCUGUAUCCAAAUGAUCUGCUAUGCAACGAGUGCUUCAUCAAGAUGUGGCGACAACGACUCCUAGACCCAUUCAUCCAAGAAGGUGACUCAUCAGCCUAUCUCCUCGAUCAAUACAACCUGAUCCAAAAGAACUGCUCGACCAGUCUUCCGGUCACCACCUCUUCCUCCACUCUCUUCAUAUCCAAUGCACUGGUCACAUCGACCUCAGCAUCAGGCACCCCCACCACUUCAAGCGGUGCAGCAACGACAACCUGUGCAGGGCAGCUUAUCAAGCCCCCCACUGCCUCAAACAUCUACUGUCAAGAGCUAGCCCAGCAGUACAAUGUGACGACCGGUGAUCUGAUGGCUGCCACAAACGAUCCCUUUUGUGAGUUUGAUUCGCCCAUCUGCCUUCCACUUGCGUGUGAUGGAGAGAUCAUCUGGGACGGGCAGUCCUGCGACCAGCUUGCCUUGCAGUAUUCCAACUCGACAAACAACGUCACGACGCUCAUGUUCCUCAGCUGGAAUCCCAACAUCGUAGGAGACUGCCAGCGCCUCGCACCUGGACAGCGGGUCUGCUCCAGCCCUCCGGACGGCCAAUUCGUUCCUACCGGAGUCAUUUACGCUCCUACUGCUGCUGGCUCAUACUACACCACGGCGUCUCCCAGCAUUCCCACCCAGUCUGGCACGGUUGACAGCUGCGGUUUGUUUUACAACGUCGUGGCGGGCGAUACAUGCGAGGAGAUUUCGCUGCGCUUCGGUAUAAAUUUUACAACGUUCCAGACGUUGAACCCCGAGAUCAACAGUGGAUGCACCAACCUCUGGCUCAACUAUGCCGUCUGCGUGGCCCCCGUCACGGCUGCGCCGCUGUCAACGGACGGCACUUGCGGGCCGGCCUGGAAUCAUGCCACUUGCACAGGCACAAACUUUGGGAAAUGCUGCUCGACCGCUGGAUACUGCGGCUCGUCGGCAGAUUACUGCAGCGCUGGAAACUGCGUGUCUGGAGCAUGCAGCGGCGUGUCGACUGGUGUGACGACGGAUGGCACCUGUGGCCCGGCGAAUGGAGGCACGACUUGUGAUAAUCCAAGCUUUGGCCCAUGCUGCUCGACCGCUGGAUAUUGUGGAAGUACUUCUGAAUACUGUGGGCCAGGAAACUGCUACUCUGGCAAGUGUGAUCCUGAUCUUGGUGGCCCUUCGACAGAUGGGAGCUGUGGCCCCCUCUUUGCCGGAAACAAGACAUGUACAGGCACCCAGUUCGGAUCAUGCUGCUCAGUCAGCGGCUACUGCGGCUCAAGUUCAGCAUACUGCGGUGUUGGCAACUGUUAUUCUGGUGCUUGCAGCACGACAGGUAACGCUGUCAGUCCCAUGGGACUCUGCAGCUCAGUUCAGGCGGGCAACUAUACCUGUGCCGGCUCUGAGUUUGGAGGCUGCUGUAGCACAGGUGGUUAUUGUGGAAAGUCUUCGGACUAUUGUGCAAAGGCGAACUGUCAAACCGCCUAUUCUGACUCUUGUUCGUCUUCGUAG